AUGGCGGACACCUUGCUAGUGCGAGCACUGAAAGGAAAACCAAAGACUUUGAACCUCUGUAACAAAAAGUUAAACAAAGUGCCACGGGCUAUAGGGAAAUUGGAUUGUGUUUUACAUCUUCAGCUACGUGGAAAUAAAUUGAAGGAUCUUCCAAAUGAAUUAAGUCACCUCUUUCAGUUGCAGAUCUUGAAUUUAGGCAACAACGAGUUAGAAGAUUUACCAGAAGUUCUGGAAUAUCUCACUAUGCUGGAGAAACUUCAUUUAUUUAACAACCAAAUACAGCAAUUGUCUCCUAAAGUUUUAACUAGUAUGCGGAAUCUCACAUUUCUGAAUUUGAAUUCAAAUCAGUUGAAAACUUUUCCUCCAGAAAUAUGCAGACUCACAAGUCUACAGCAUCUGAGUGUAGACUAUAACAAGUUAACAGAGUUACCAGUGGAGAUAUGUGCCUUACUACGUCUUGAAGAGUUCAGAGCUGCUGGUAAUCAGCUCACAAGUCUUCCCUUGGAGUUUGGAUUCCUGGUGAAUUUGGAAAAACUUUAUUUACAGAAAAAUAAAAUCAGGGAGCUACCAGAGAGUCUUGGUAAAUGCUACAAAUUAAGAAUAAUAGACAUUGCAGCCAAUGAGCUGAGGAUUUUUCCUACUGAGCUUGGUGAUUUGCCCUUGAAGGAAAUGUACUGUGAAGAGAAUCCAUUAUUACAACACAUCCCUGUACAUUCUGUACAGGAGGAAGAAGUCCUCUCACUCAAGGAGAUCACAGCCAGAUAUGUCAUGAGAGAAUUAAAAGACAGGUGGUCCUACCUACGCCGUGCGAUCCGCCAUUACCCACAAAUAAAGGACAUGUUAGCCCAAGCCAGCAAGUGUUCUGUGUGUGGCGAGUCUUUUCUAAAUACAUGGCUGGAAUGUGUACGCUUUGUAGAUGCCAAAUCAGACCUUCACUUGACCAAUAUCACAGGACUUGUACCUAUCAGAGCUCUGCUGUGUUCUUACAAAUGUUUUAACUCUGCUGGUCAUCAAUACUAUGGAGUUGCCUUUCCUUGAUAAGCCAUCAAUGGAAACAUAUCAUCAGUUAUGAACAGUGAACUGUUUCUUCAGAACUGAGUUGAUGUUGAAGACGUUUGACUCAACAGUUCGUGACCUGUUGGAUG